GAUGAUGAAGAAUUACGUUGGUGGUACCGAUUGAUCAAUGAGAACGGGAAAUCAUUGUGUCAUCAAAUCAAAGUGUUAUUAGUUGCUUCGAAGCGUCUAUCACUCAGACGAUGAACUCUCCAUUUUUAUAAGUGUUUUGAUAUUGUUAUGUCAUCAAUAUUGGUUUCUUACUAUUCGAUACACGCAUGAAUUAUUUUCUUUUUCUAUUUUACGUUUUAGUUUGUGCUCUCUUUGAUAUUUUCUUAUGGAAAAGCAUUCAUUAGAUGGUGAAAUUGAAGAUCAUAAAUGUGACAAUAUUGAUGUUCAUAAUUUAGCCUUGAGAAAGAACCCCACAUUGGUUCGAAACUUCGGCAAUAAUUAAUAAAUAACAUUGAUUCAAAACGAACCUUUGACCGUUUAUUGGCUUUACUACUAAAUUAUUCAUUGGAUCGGUCGGUAGAACUUCUCAAAGAAUGUCAAUUUAGUUUUACGGAAUGUUUAAACAACAAAAGUUAAAAAUAUAAAGUUCAGAUAAUUGUGAAAAAUGAAAGUGGAAAUCGUGUUAAUGUUUGUGCUGGCAAUAUCAACAACAAGCUCAUUAAACAUUCUGGGACUGUUUCCAUAUCCGGGUGAGAGUCAUUUCAAGUUUUUUCAUCCAAUCAUGCGUGGACUUGCUGACGCUGGCCAUAAAGUUACAGUUGUGAGCCACUUCCCAGACAAAAAUGCACCAGAAAACUACAAUGAUUUGCUAUUGACGAAAACUACUUUGGAUAGGAACUCUCUUACUCUGAAGGAGUUUAAAAAUGAGUCCUGGUUUAAGAAUUAUCAGAACUUUUUUCUAUUGAACAAAAUGGGAAUUAAAACAUGUGAAAUCGCAUUCAACUCUACUAGUGUGCAGAAAAUUUUGAAUACGAAACCAAAAUAUGAUGUCAUUUUGCUAGAACAAUUCAAUAAUGAUUGUAUGGUAGCAAUUGCGUGGAAAAUACAAGCACCUGUAAUUGCUUUAAGCAGUUGUUUGUUGAUGCCAUGGCACUACGAUCGUUUUGGAAAUCCAUUGAUUCCAUCAUAUAUUCCUGCGCUCUUCACGGCAUACACAGACAAAAUGAAUUUUAUUGAACGCCUCAACAACUGGAUUACCGUCAAUGUAUUGAAACUUAUGUACCACUAUAUAGCAAUGCCAGCAACAGAUGAAAUAAUACAAAAAUAUAUGAAAAAUGACAAUAUUCCAGCGAUUAGCGAACUUGUUAAGGAAACAAGUUUGAUGUUCACAAACAGCCAUUAUUCACUCAGUGGCUCACGGCCAAAUGUACCAAAUGUUAUUGAAUUAGGUGGAAUUCACAUUAAAGAAGAACAACCCCUAGAUGCAGAGCUAAAAACUUUCUUAGACUCGGCCACAGAUGGUGUGAUUUAUGUUAGCUGGGGUUCUAAAGUACUUGCAUCAUCGUUACCAGACCAAAAACGUGAGAGUCUGCUUAAAGCUUUCGGUUCAUUAAAACAGAAAAUUUUAUGGAAAUUUGAGAAUGACGCACUCCCAAAUCAACCCGAAAACGUAUUCAUUCGUAAAUGGUUGCCGCAAAGAGAUAUAUUAUGUCAUCCAAAUGUUCGUGUAUUCAUGAGCCAUGGAGGAUUAAUGGGACUCAGUGAAGCAGUCUACUGUGGCGUGCCACAGGUGAUUACUCCUUUUGGUGGCGAUCAAUUUUUAAAUGCAGCCGCAGCAAAGACGCGUGGUAUAGGGGUCAUUGUCCAAUAUGAGGAUAUAACGGAAGAUAAUAUUAGAAGAGCAAUUAAUAGCGCUUUGUCAUCGGAAGCAUUACAAAAUGCAAAAACAGUAUCUUAUUCAUUUCGAAAUCGGCCCAAAACACUUCUUGAUACGGCCGUUUGGUGGGUAGAAUACGUAGCCGAAACACGAGGGGCGCCUUUAUUAAAAUCGCAUUCAACCAAUUCAUCUGCAUUCAUUUAUUAUUCUUUUGAUAUUUACAUUACAAUUGCAACCGUUUUCAUUGCAAUCACUGUUCUAUUCAUCUAUAUAGUAGGCAACAUAUGCAAAAGAAUGAAAAAACUAAAAACUGAUUAGGAAAUAGUUGAUAUAAGAUUUUUGACUUUAAAAAAUUGUUGUGGCGAUAAACAUAGAAAAAAAAAGAGGAUAACUCUAAUACUAGCAAUAAAAAAUCAAAAUAGAAUUCAACCAAUACCA